ACUUACACAAAUUAAUUUUAUUGAAAACACUCGCUCAUCACCUAAUAAAACUUUAAGCUAUGCUUGGGAAAAGAGAGAAGAAAAAGAAUCAACCAUGCAAUCUAUCCCAUCAACUACUGAGAUAGCUAAGUCUCUUUCAGCCAAAUUUAAUAAGAGAAAAGAUCCUCAAGAAAAACCUUCUUCACCAACAUCUAAUUUAAAUAUCAAUUAUAAUUCACAAGAUGAUACUCAACUUGAUAUAUCUGAUGAUAGGAAUGAAAUUUUAACACAACUACGAAAAACAAGAGGAAGGAAAAAAAAAUAA